UCUGAGCUCACCGACAGCAUUGGCUGCAGAGGGAUGACUUGAGGGCUCUGGAGAAGUUGUUCAGGCGAAUAAAUACAGCUGUCCGCCUCGUUUGACUUCCACCCGGCGUUGCUACACUUGAAUAUCCGCGGCAGCUUCGUGUGUGAAAGCAGGAGACCAAAGUUAAAGGCUACCAAAGUGUCCCCGGCUCCUUCUAAGCUGCAUUAACGCAGGCAUCAGCUCGGCUAGCUCGUUAGCUAACUGUGUGAAAAUGAACGGCCACCUGAACGGCUUCCACAACGACUCCGUCUACGAUGAAGACUGCUUCCUCUUCACCUCUGAAUCCGUCGGAGAAGGACACCCCGAUAAAAUAUGCGACCAAAUCAGUGACGCCGUGUUGGAUGCCCACCUCAGACAAGACCCUGAUGCCAAAGUAGCAUGUGAGACUGUUGCUAAGACGGGGAUGAUCCUGCUGGCGGGGGAGAUCACCUCCAGGGCCCACGUCGACUACCAGAAGAUUGUCAGGGAUGCUAUCAAGCACAUUGGAUAUGACGACUCCUCCAAAGGCUUUGACUAUAAGACCUGCAACGUGCUGGUGGCUUUGGAGCAGCAGUCCCCUGACAUCGCUCAGGGUGUUCAUCUGGAUCGCAAAGAGGAGGACGUGGGAGCCGGCGACCAGGGUCUGAUGUUUGGGUAUGCCACCGAUGAGACCGAGGAGUGUAUGCCUCUCACUAUUGUCCUGGCUCACAAGCUGAAUGCCAAGAUGGCGGAAUUACGACGAGAUGGAACGCUGCCGUGGCUCCGACCCGACUCCAAAACUCAGGUGACUGUUCAGUACAGGCAGGACAGAGGAGCCAUGGUGCCGCUGCGUGUCCACACCAUUGUGAUCUCUGUGCAGCACGACGAGUGCGUAAGUUUGGAAGAGAUGCGUCAUCGUCUGAAGGAGCAGGUGGUGAAAGCUGUGGUUCCCAGUGGGUACCUGGACGAUGACACCAUCUACCAUCUGCAGCCCAGCGGCCGCUUUGUCAUCGGAGGACCACAGGGUGAUGCCGGCCUGACUGGGCGUAAGAUCAUUGUUGAUACUUAUGGAGGUUGGGGAGCUCAUGGAGGCGGUGCUUUUUCUGGGAAGGACUACACAAAGGUUGACCGCUCUGCAGCUUAUGCUGCCCGCUGGGUGGCCAAAUCUCUUGUAAAAGCUGGACUCUGUAAGCGUGUCUUGGUCCAGGUCUCCUAUGCUAUUGGAGUUGCCCAUCCCCUCUCUGUCUCCAUCUUCCACUACGGGACCUCCCAGAAGAGCGAAAAGGAGCUGUUGGACAUCGUGAAGAAUAACUUUGACCUCCGUCCAGGAGUUAUCGUGAGGGAUCUUGACCUGAAGAAGCCCAUCUACCAGGGCACAGCAGCUUAUGGUCACUUUGGUCGUGACGUCUUUUCAUGGGAGGUGCCCAAGAAGCUGAAAUACUGAACCUCUCUUCUCUCCUAGCAGGCUUUAGGUGUACUGCAGAAAAUUCUGUGUUUGUCGACCGUCCUUCUCUUCCUUCUUCUCUUCCCUCUUUCUCCUCACACCCACAAUCACAUCACAAGAGCCUCUGUUAGAUUAAAAAAAUGCCCUUUAUCCACUUGUUAGCACAGAUCCGGAAAGAGAAAACAAUAGUUACUUUAGUUGCCAACAUCUACCAAUCUGAGUGGUGCUACCAGCCAUUAUUCAUCUAUUUGGUGGUGAUUAAUGAUCAUCUAGUUUCCUGACACCACGAGUAAACAGUGCACUCACUUGUUAAUCAGAAAAUCUGUUAAGUAUUAUUAACGCUGUAUUAAAACUACAUUUAUGACAGAUUUCCAGCAUGUGUUUUCCAGUAAUGAGAACAUUUCUAGUAUUGCGGAACCUUUAAAUACAGAAACUCACUGCAGUAUAGUCGCCUCCGCCAAGAAGUUUCUGUUUUUGUUACCGUUUCUCUGCAUUAUGACACAAAAACUACCAGGCUGGUGUUCAUGAAACUUGGUGGAGAGGUGGAGUACAGGCACAGGAAGAACGCUUUAAUGUUUGACCAGGAUUAGGAUGUGAAACGGCAUAUCAAAGAAAAGUGAACUUUUAGCCUUGGCAGAGGUCUUUGCUCUCCGUGAGCCCGACUAGUUGUAGAAGUGAAAGCAUCCUCUGUUGCGUUGUCCUUACAUGUCAACGUGUUAUUUCCACUUUUGCCUAACUUUAUUGGGUUAAAGGCAGUUUAGCAUCGCAAAAACAUCUUCUCUGUUUCCCUCACACUCCUCCUUCUCUGUUUUUAUAGUUUUUAGGACACAAAUGGGGUCAAACGCAACAGUUUUCUUAUUGUUUAUUUUUUACUUGUGCUCACCCUUCAGGCCAUUUUUUCUUUUCUGACGUUUUACAGAGAAGUCAGAAGCUGCUAACGACCUUGUGGUUCUGUUGGGUUGCACCAUGAAAUCACUCCAUUUUUGUAAUUUAUUUUGUAGGUUUAAAUGUCAUGUGAAUAAUCCAAAUUAUGUUAAAUGUGUCAAUGUUCUGCUGAAUCAAGAUAAAGACACUGUAUUUACCCUUCCUGGGACCGACUCUGGGUGUAGCUACAGAGAAACCCAGACUCCGUCGCUCCUAGGCCGGGACUGCCUUUAUCUCACGGCAACACUGUACUUGAAAUAAUUUAUAUAAUUGCGUUUGACGGACCUAACAGUUCAACCAGCAAGGACAGACAACUGAAUAACAUGUGCCACACGUUUUUGUAUCUGAAAACUGUUUUCCACUCCACGUGGAGAGUCAAAGUGGCCUGGUACGGAAGACCACGAAGAGCAGAGCAUCAGAAAGACAAAGAAAGAAGCAGCACACAGUCAGUGAAUGUAAGACAUGGUAUUGUGACUGUUGCCUUCUUGGCAGAGUUAGUUCCUGGAGCUCCCAAAAAAUUGAACAGGCUUCUGUUUUGAAUGUUACAUGUGCUGAAGUUGUCAAAACGAAUGUUGAGGUCGCAGCCGGCGCGUUCCUUUUAAAUUAUUUAUUUAUUUGUUUUUUAAAACAUAGGUCUGUUCUUUACAUCGUACCCCAUGGGUUAUUAAUGGCACACUGGGUUUGCAAGGCUUGCCCCCUCUUCUUGUUCUUUUAUAAACUGUUGGUUGGAGUUUAUGUUCAAGAAAUGGAGAUAAAUAAGAUGUGGAAAGGAGCAUGACAAGAGACCACGGCUAAAUUUGAACCUAAGACAUUAAUGAAUACACAGUAUAUGCCUUUGAAUGCUUCCCCAGUUGUCUUUCUCCUUCACUCCAACAAAAGUUAGCUGUCAGCCUAAGUGAGAUCAAUGUUUAACGUAUUAAAUCAUCACGGUUGGUUGCUGGUCAGCGAUUUGUGCAGUUAGUGAGAUUAAAAUAUGUGUACAUCAUGUAACUAGAUGGCGCCGUGUCCCCACAAAUAGUACUGAAAUGAAGACUUCUAGUUUGGCUCCUUUGGCACCACCUUGUGCUUUCCUCACUGAGCUACAGACACUUCAGGUAACGACCACAUAGUGGUGCUGUGAGCUAGUCUGUGCGACAAUCCGGUGAAAGUACACAACCUCACAAGGAUUUUUUUUACAAUGCGUUUUCUUCCUCCAGCUCCUCUACAGGUGAGACCGAUGAUUGGUUGGUGUUGUACAGAGAAACCAGCCUGUUUACGUGGUCUCCUGUGGAGGACUUAAAGAGCUUUUUCCUGUUAAAAUUGUUUUGUAAAACUUUGAAUGUGAGUCUCGGUGUGUUUGCUAAAUGUGUAAAAGUGCCUUCUCUCACUCCCUGCAAAUGCCCCCAACUUGUACCCCUAAACACAUGACUUCUUUGACCUCUUUGGCCCUUUCCUCCCACUUGUACCCCGAGGUUACAAACGUCACCACCUCACUGGUUCAUACUGGUGAGUCUGAGUUGUUGCUGAGUUUCUCUUUUAAACUGCUGAAAUAAACUGCACUCUUGCUUUGUGCUUA